UCAAUUGUGCAGAGUAAAUGAUAUUAACAAUACACCGCACCUAUAACAUCCACCAAUAAAUUUCGAUUCAGUUGUGAAUUUGCUUCGGAGAACAUAAGUUAGGUCGCGUUAUUAUUAAAUAAUGGACAACUUUGGAUUCGUGAGGGAUGAAUCGUAUUUUGAAAGCUUUGCAGAAAAAUUUCGUAUAUAUGGUUCACCUUUCGUCGAAAUACCGAAUUCUGAAAGGAGCGAGCUUCCCUCAACCAGGCGUUUCAGUAAGCAUCUAUGUUUUGAACUACAUAUCAACACUGACCGUGGGAGAAUCCUGGUUGCUGUUCAGGGGGACACUUUGAAACCGGCUAUCGUCACCUACCACGACUUGGGGCUCAACUACUUAAGUUUCGAGUCAUUUUUUAAUCACGAAGACAUGCAAGAUAUUUUGGACAACUUCUGUGUCUACCACAUGAAUGCGCCUGGGCAAGAGGAAGGUGCUGCAACUCUGCCGGAAAAUUAUACUUACCCAACGCUGGAUGAGCUCGCAAGUCAAAUAAAAUAUGUUCAAGCCCGGUUUGGUUUUAAAACAUUCAUCGGUUUGGGAGUCGGAGCUGGUGCUAAUAUCCUCGCUAGAUACGCUAUAAACAACCCAUCCAAGAUGGAGGGCUUGGCGCUGAUCAACUGCACAUCGACACAGCUGGGGUGGCUGGACUGGGCCUAUUUUAAAAUGACGUGCCGAAUGAUGCGCAGGCGCGGCAUGUGCGAGUCCGCUGUCGAGUUCCUGCUUUGGCACCAUUUUGGAAGAAUACCGGAGGAAUGUAAUCCAAAUGUAGUGUCGAAGUAUCGUUACCAGUUCGCAAACAUUCCGAACCCAGUAAACGUGGCAAUGUUCAUCGAUGUUUUUGGGAAGAGGCAGGACUUGCGUCUUUCUCGCGAUAGUGCGACCAUGCAGAUACCUGUCUUGAAUAUAGUUGGUGCCCUGUCGCCAUUUGUGGAAGCUACGGUCACGUUUAACAGCCGCCUGGAACCUUCUAUGUCUGCUUGGAUGAAGAUAUCUGACUCCUCAAUGGUGCUUGAAGAAGAGCCCGGUAAAGCGGCUGAGGCAUUCCGUCUCUUUUUACAGGGCGAAGGCUAUGUGUCACCGAUACCCAAGAAAAUAUUAUUACCAAGAAGUGCCAGCAUUCACUCUGGUGAUCGUCGUUCUUGCCGCCACUCGCCCGUAAUCCGUAUCACUGAAAACCCUAUUUCAGAAGCUGUUGCGUGUUAGACGCUAAUUCUCCGAAAACUGUUAUCCACUAAAGCGUUCAUCAGCGAAAUUUUCAAAUAUCAAUACUAUUUAAAUGAGGGGUUAUAUGAAACAAAUCAAAUAUAAAUAAUGAAAAAAUUGGAAUUUUAAGAUAUAAAGUAAUGCAUAUCUGUUAGAAAACUUUAGUGUUUUUUUGUUUAGUCUAAUAUGAAUUCACCGAUAUUUCCUCAUAUAUAGUCUUAUAUUAUAAUAUAAAUUGGUUAUUAAAAAAAAAGGAAUACACGAAUUGUGUUUACACCUGAUGAAAGGGACAUACAUUAUUACAUAUAUCUAUUAGGGGGUCAAUUGACUUUAUCGGUAUAUAUGUAUUGAAGGUAAAGAGCCUACAAAAUAAAAACAUGAUAACUAAUAGUGGCUUGUGUACGUUUAUAAAAAUGAAUGUUUUUGAAGGAGUCGUUUAUAAAAUUCUAAAUUCUGACUUAGUGUCUAGUGUGAAGACAAGUUAAGCAAUAGUACGGUAAAAAAUCUACUACGUAUUCGUACAAUUAAAACACUAAGUCACUGGCUAAAUACUUUCUAUAAAGAAAAUUAUCAAUAAAACAGACGUAAGAUGUUCGUUUUAGUGGUCAACAGAUGUUUUCAAGCUCCGUCUUAAUAAAUAUAAGAUGGAUAAUGUAGCCGCACUAAAUCUACGCACUAUAUACUAAUAGUAAUAAUGAUUCGGUUACAUUACCUGUGGCAAAUAUAAGUGAGAGCCGAAAAUCCCUGUAGAGUAUAUUUAGACAUUUUUAUAGAAAUAGUUUAUAAUUUUAAAUUUCAUCACUUAUAGUUGUCACUUCGGAAAUUUUGUUACUAAGUAUGCAAAUUGACGUUAAUGAAAUAAUAUUAUUUUAAUAUCGUUUUGUUUGUGAAAUCCACAAAUCAUGGGAUUUUAAUUUUUUUUUAGUUUAUUUAAAGAUUUACACACACUAUUCUAGAAUCUCGUUUUUAAUUCGUUGUAAAAGUUUACAUUGUGGGUCAAAAAUGUGAGUUAUAAGAAAUUAUUAAUGAAAUUAUCCAACUUGUAUCCUGUAGUACCAUGUUUUAUAAUACAUAUAGGCCUAUGAAUUGUUAUAGAUUUUUUAUGUUGUGUCAUUUACGGAUUUUUUAAAAAUAAUGGACGAAUCAUUGUUACUACGGUAUUGUUAGAUGGCUUCAAACGUUUUAUUACUGUUAAUGUAGUUUUUUUUUAUUUUAUUAUAUUUCACAUAAUUUAUACCGUCGGCUAUCUUUAUUUAUCAAGUAUCGAACCUUAGUUGCUAAAAGUGCCUUUCAAUACUAUUCAUGUUUCCCGUUUCUAAAAGUUGCCGUUACUUUGCCGUGAACUUGCUAUAUAGUUUAUUUAUAUUUUAUAUAAAUUAUUCCCUUGUGUAAUUCUUGCGACACAGAACAGAAAAAUAGGAAGGGCGAUCACGCCUGAUACAACAAUUUUAAAUCAUUAAAUUAUGACGUUCGAACCAAAUGACCUUCUUGCCAUUUAUCUAUUCCGUGUUUUCAUUACAUAAUAUCACAGGCGUUUUGAUUGAAUCUAGACACUGAACAUAUUUUAAAAUCUUUUUAUAUCGUUCGUAUUCCAUUUAAAUAUGAUUUGUCACGUCUUGGAAUAUACACUAUACCUCUAUACUUUAUACCUUUUUGAACAUCUUUCCGUUUUAUAUAAUUUGAAGCAUAUAACAAUAAAUAGUACACUUUACUAACGUAUUUACUAUUGUGAUAAUUGAUUAUAUGAUGAUUAUAAAAUUCUUAAAAUUUUGCAUUAAUUUUAUUUUAAAGUUACCCAUUAUAUAUUUCUUAGCGUGAGUUUUUGAUUUACUUUACUUUACUCUAAUUAUAUUUGUAUGCGAUAUAUGUUUUUUAAAUAGCUAUAAGGUAGUUAGUUUGUUACGUGGGUAUUUAGAAAUGAAGGUAUAUUUCACAGGAUUCAUACAUGUCGCGAUUCUAUCGUGUCGCUUCAAGAUUUAGCCAACCUUUAGUUAUAAAUCAGCCAAGUUAAUGGCAACUGAAAUUGACAAUUUACAUCAAUCUCAUAUCAGACUAAUCAACAACAAAAACACAAUAACGAUAUACAAAUCAGCAUGAAAUAUCGUUAAACCUUGACGAUAUAACAAUAUAGUCAUUAAAGAUGGUUUGUUAAAUAUUUCGCUACAUAUAUUGUUGUAUAACCAGGCAUUUAGGAGACCUGAGAGAGAAUAAUUUUGGUAUCCUGUGGAAUAUUCAAUCGGUUCGCAAAAUCAAAUUUUAGCCCACUUAGUUUACCAAUGAAAGGAGUGUACAUAUCGAAAGAAUAACAUCUUAGAUAGGAAUAUUGUAAUGGCAUGGUAAUAAUGUAAUGUACAGAAUUGUGGUAAUCAAAUUAUAUAUUUUAUUUAAUCCAGAUUACGAAUAAUGGAAAGUUUAGAUCUAUUUAUUAAAAAGUAAUUAAAAAUUUAUUUUAUCUUUAUUUCUAUCGAGAGAAUUACAUAUUUUUUGUAUUAUUAUAUAUAGUUUCUUUAAGAUUUUUUUCUUUAUUUUCACUCGUUAAGAUAUUUCUUUUAAUUUUUGACUGUAAUACCAAAUAUAAGUGAUAAAUUUAAAUGUUUAAGAUAAUUUUGGAUUUAAGUUUUUCAGGUAUUUUUCCAAUGUAUAUUUAAUCCAAUGUAUAUCGUUUAUUGCCAUUGUGAUGAGGCAGGUCGUUGGAAAUGUUAAAGGAUCUUUAGUAGUUUUAGUAGAGGUUGAUGUUCGUUGAGCCUAAAGUUUUUUGUCGAAAGCAGACAAUUGCACAUUUCAAGUUCCAUUAUAAUGUAAUAAAAUGGUUUUGUAAUUAA